UUACGCAUCUUAAUAGGCCUGACCAAUGCGAGACGGAUGCGCUGCUCGUCCCAGCGCGCUGAUUUAGGCAAGUCUGCAAAAGCGACAGGGGGCGUCGAACGUCCCCCCUCCCCACACACACGCCCACCAAGGAGGAGGUGUGGGAAUGUCCUCCUCCUCCUCCGGCAGACAACAAGCGCGCAUUGACCGCGCGGCCAUCCGGUGACAUCACGCGCGCCUCCCACCAUAAAAGGUGUCGAAGCGGCGUCGGGACGGACGGACAAGCGCGACGGGCCCGCGAGGAGGCGUCCGCACGCUCAGCAUGGACGCCUCUCACCCGUAAUUGCGCAUCGUGUCGACAUGGACGGCAACCUGGCGGCCGUGUGCGCGGUUCUGCUCGUGUCAGUCGGCCUGCUGACGGAGCGCGUCGGUUGUCAGCACUACUUCCUGCUGCGGCCGGUGCCUAGCGACAGUCUCCCGCUCGUGGACUUGCGGGAGGACCCGGACCCCGCGCUGGACCCCCGGGAGCGCGACCUCAACGAGACGGAGCUGCGCGGAAUCCUCGGGGACUUUGACAGCCGCUUUCUGGCGCUGUCGCGGCCGCCGCCCCCCGCCUCAGAAGAGGCGCAGGCUAAAUCGGCCGAGCUGCCGGAGGUCGAUGAUGAGAUGCGGCAGAGGCUGCCCAAGGAGAUCCGCGCGCUGGACUUGGACGCGCAGAUGCUGGGGCGGCGGCACAAGGGCGGCAAGAAGCUAAAGCGGCGCUUGCAGCAGUGGCUGUGGGCGUACUCCUUCUGCCCGGUGCUGCACUCCUGGACCGACCUGGGCGCGCGCUUCUGGCCCCGCUAUGUGCGGGCGGGCAGCUGUCCGGCCAAGCGUUCGUGCUCGCUGCCGGAGGGGAUGACGUGCAAACCUGCCGCGUCCGUGCACCUCACCGUGCUCAGGUGGAGAUGCGCGCACAGGAAGGCGGGACUCAAGUGCGCCUGGAUCCCUGUGCGCUACCCCGUCAUCACCGACUGCAAGUGCGCGUGCGCCACAUAAACCGAAUAUUUGAUUGGACGCCACACCUACAAAAUAACAUUAUUUCCCUUCAUGGGGGGAAAAAGUCAUCAUGUUUAGCGCAAGGUGACUUGCUGCCAUAUUCCAGAAUGUGGAACAAGUUUGGUGACCUAUAUGCACAUGACGUGUAUCACUCAGCAUUAUUUGUAACCAGAGUGCGGAUGCUCGCCUGGAAAUGUUGUCUUUGUCAGAGGUGCAUUGUGGAUGACGAGUGUGCAUCUUGUAAAUUAAGAACUUUUUUUUUGGGGGGGGUGCUAUUUAUUCUUUAUAUUCUUUCAAUAAAACAAAU